AUGGCCCAUGCAAAGUUAAUAUGGAAGGGAUACAAGAUCAAGAAGGCCCUAGACAACAUCAAAAGGGCGAAGAUAAAUACAGAGAGGGCGAGACAGGGUUUACCGCCAUUGAGGCCUUGGUAUGAGGAUUGCUACAUCAACGGUCUCGCCUGCCUCAGAGAGACAAUAUGCCUUGCGUUCUGUCCGUGCUGUGUCUACGAGGCUUAUAGGAGGAACACACGCAGGAAGUCAUCUAGUUCUGCGUUUGGGAGGCUGUUCAUAGAUGGAACCUAUGAGAACGAUAUCUUAAAACAUGUCCUGGGAUUUUUCUUUGGUCUGGUCAUGUCCACUCUGUUCUUCUUCUUGAUGAUCUAUCAACUAGAAUACCCAUGGACAGUGGCGACUCCUAUUGCCGCAGUCACUGGACUCAUCCUCUCGAUUGGGAUGGCCUUCAUCAUGCAAGUGAGAUGUGUGGUAUUCCUCAUGUUGCCACAGCUUUUUUCAAGUCGAGGUCGGGCCUUCCUCACUACUUAUAUCUUUGUCCUCGUUCUGGGAGGACCGGCUAAGAACUUCGCUCACAACGUCCAGGUUAUCUCAGCCAGCGUAACAUGUGGACAGAGCGAAAUCUACAACGGCACUAAAGAAGUGGUGGAUGCCGCUUUGUCGCCAGUUUAUAACAUUAUUGAUGCUAUAAAAGACGUUCUCAUGAAGCUGAGGGGAUUUGCCAAUAGACUGCGGGAGUCGUUCACUAAAAUGAAGAAAUGCUUUCAGGAAGUGGUUGCGGCGGUAGGACGAGCUUUCGCCUGGCUUGGUAACAUCGUCGACGUUUGCAACAAAAACAUGUCCGACCCUUACUUGAAGUGCAUGGCCUCCUUCAAUAUAGCUGUCGCAAAUUGCCGUGGAAUGCUCGGACCGAUGAAAUUCCUUUGUGAAAUCCCAAAUGGAUUCAAAGGCAUUUGUAACGUGGCUCGCAUUGGAGAACUGUUAUGUCAGUUGACCGAGAAGAUCACUUCUCUGGUGUCGACGAAAAUUAAUUCAAACAUCAAGAUGGCCAUCCACAACGUGCAGGAGAUGUUUUACUUCAACGUGACUCUGGAGUAUCAUUAUUCACAUAACCUCGAACAGACGAGAUCUUAUGAGGAGGUUCGACGAGACAUCAUGACACAGAUAAAAGCUCGGCUCUCCAUGUUUGCCACUAUCAUUUUCUGGACGAACAAUCUGCUCAUAAUCAUGUUCAUAUGGCUUGCUGUCAGAAUCGUCGUUCUUCUCAGCGCAAUCAACUAUCGGCGUAAGUACAUGAAACGUGACCGUUUCGACAACUGUUACAUCACCUUCGCAAUCAGAGACGCCAACGAGAGACGUGAGGAGAUGGGCAAAGAGACAGUGCUUCCUCUACAUAGAAAGGAGUCGAAGAAAUAUAUCAAACCAACUUCUUUCCAUCUGGCGAAGGCUGAAAAACGUAAACUGAUCACUGGUUUGAUUUUCCUGGCUGGCAGUAUGAUCCACGCUGGGUUCUACCUCCUCAUUGACUAUGGAGCAUACUGGAACCUCAUGAACAUCAGGAAACACAUGCAUAUCAAGAUUCACCACGACGGUAAGCUAAUUCGUGAAAGCAUCACCUCUCAUUUAGUGCCAGGCCAUCGAGUUGGUUUGAUAAGUUCUGCAGCAAAGAGAAGUAAGGAUCAUCUUUUGCAGACCAAAUGGCAAACAUGCGCGAAGCACCCACCCGAUCCGAAUGUUAAGGUCUUGAACACUCAUGCCGAAUCUCGCCGCUGCUGGUCGGUCACUUACAUCUUCCACUUUGCGGAUGGACCUACUGACAAGCGUUACCAACGUGUUGGUGCCCUGCUUACUUGUUCCUGGACACCGAUGAAUAUCUUCGUGUCUUUGAUUAUGGUAAACGCCGUUCUCGUUGCAGUUCCUCACAACCUUCAAAUGCACGUGGAAGGUGGGGGCUUUCUGGCCGCGGUCUACAGCCUGCUCAUCAGUGCCUUCGACCCGCUCGGGCGACAGAAAAUUCAAAUUGACACAACCGCUUGUUUGCCUAAUCCUUCAGUUCCCGAUUGGUAUUUAUACAAGACUGUUGGCGUUCUUUAUGCCGUGUGCCUAUUCCUUUGUCUAACAGAAGCCUACGGUCUGCGUCUACGUCACCUGAUAUGCGGAUGCUACUACCAACGCCGCGACAAGGAAAGAUCAGUAUGGCUCUACAAUCACAUACUGCGCAAGCGCGGAGGUUUCCUCAAGUUCCUACGCCGUAGGUUACGUCAUAAGACAGGGAACGAAGAAGGCUUGGAAGAGAUCAACUGCAAAGAUCGAUGCGCAGCGAACUGUUGUUCAUGUUGUAGAUGUGCUCGGCUGUUCAAAUGGUUUGGUUAUGAUAAGAAGUUCUGCUUUUCAUGUGGACAACCCGGAAAACCAGAGGAUAAGAAGAACUUCAAGCACUGCGCAAAGACUGACUGCAACGCGAUAUACUGCCUUGAUUGCUUCACAGACCUUAACAACAUGUGUACAGUCUGCAUGGACCCAAUCGACUAUGGCGACUUCUCAGACUUCAGUGAAGAGGUCGAUUCUAGUGACGACGACCAAGUCUUGCGCAAAAUCCGGUGUGCGAGAAAGCUGCGGGACCGGGAGGCAUAUCGUGGUAAAAGAGGCGAGACUAGCGGAAGUGAGGACAGUACAGAUGAUGAAUCUUAUCGAUCUGACGUCACAGCGUCAGAGAGUGGGGCUGGCAGUGACAGGAGUGGUAAUUACAAUUAUGGGCACCAAAAGUGCAAGAAGGAGCUAGUCUCGAUGAAUGUUUAUGAAGGUAGAUCUGCUGACUAUUCCGACUCCGAUUCCGACUCCGAUUAUUCGGACUGGGAAUAUGACAUGGAACCGGAAUACCAGGAGAUGGAGCGAGGAGAGACACCUGUAACAAAACAACCAAGAACAUGGAGGUGA